AUGCCUACAAGGCCGUGGGAUCUACAAACAGACGACCCAGAACGAAUUCAAGGUAGCUGCAGCGACUACCUUCCAGCGAGGUUCUCAAACUGCAGCCUGGACGGCUCCUAUUGUCGACACAUGUUCCUAGCCUACCUCGCCCCCGAAGGCCAGAGUGCACUGUGGGGCGAUAGAGACUUCGUCCGCGGUCAAGUGCAGCACUACGCGGUACCGUUCGACGAAAGCCAGUUCUCGGGCAAUGGAGCACACUUCGACGGUGCCAGUUUCUUCUCAUUGGCCAUAGUGUACACCAAGAUGGACUACUUCGUGAGUCCGCCGAGGAAACGACAGACGCUCUAA